CCUGCUAGAAGUCCACAAAGCAACAAAAUUGGAUUUCUAGUUAAUCUCUAUAUUUAAUCCAUAAUUUAGCAUUAAACAAAUUAAUAUUCUAAUUUGCUUGCUAGCUAUAGUUAGCAUUCAAACAAAUUCACAAGGAACAAUAGAACAAACUUAGAAUAAUAAUGGGAACAUUAGUAAUCAAAUCAUGCUACCUAUAAGAGAGAGAGAGAGAGAGAGAGAGAGAGAGAGAGAGAGAGAGAGUUCAAGGGUGAGGUACAGACAGAUGAACUACACAAGAACUUAGCAAGAGCUAUAAAAGCUUGAAGCUGCGGGUCAAGGUCUUGUACGAUCUCUAAGGGAGAGAGAGUCACUUGCAAGAAGAAUAAGCUUUGGUCAUUAAUUGUUCGAGUGAACCUCCUUGAGCUUUAGGUCACCAAGAAAAAGAAGCAAAUUUAAUGGAGAUUUCAUCAAGAGGAGGAUUAUCUGAGCUGGGAAUGGAAGAUCCCUUCUUCAUCAACCAGUGGCAGUACAUGAACUCUUUGGAUGAGCUCGGUAUGCUCCCACUAGCAGCUGCAAUUGGAGAUAAUUUACAACACUCUCACUUCCACCCAACUUUCAACUUCAAAACUCCUAUCGAUAAUUCUCAUACUGGUAUUGAUAGACCAGCGAAACAGCUCAAACCCGAUGGAUGGCCUUCAUGCAAGACCGAUCAUCUUGUAUCGAAUCCACAAGUUGCUUCCUCACCAAACAUUCUUUCGUUCGUCAAUUCUAAUCAUGCAAACCAAAUGGCGGUGCUUAAGCCUAAGAAGGAGGCAGCAGCAGUGUGUUCAAAGAGCACCAACAGUCUCCCUUCUGAUAUAUUGCUUUCUCAAGGUUCAUUUGGAAACCAAAAUUGUUUAUUUAAGGCCAGUCAGGGAACAAAUAGGAACAGCACAAACCCUCGUCUUUCAGCAACUCAAGAUCAUAUUAUCGCAGAAAGGAAACGCAGAGAGAAGCUCAGCCAGCGGUUCAUAGCUUUAUCUGCAAUCAUUCCUGGCCUAAAGAAGAUGGACAAGGCUUCUGUUCUGGGAGAUUCAAUCAAGUACAUCAAACAACUGCAGGACAAGGUAAAGACACUUGAGGAACAGACGAGAAACAAAAACAUGGAAUCGGUCGUGUUUGUGAAGAAAACACAGCUCUUUGCCAAUGGCGACAAAACUUCCUCAGACGAAAACAACUCCACAGGCCCGUUUGACGCAACACUACCUGAAAUCGAAGCAAGGUUCUGUGACAACAAUGUCUUGAUAAGAAUCCACUGUGAGAAAAGGAAAGGAGUUGUGGAGAAAACAAUAUCAGAGGUUGAGAAGCUCCAAUUAAAAUUCAUCAAUAGUAGUGUCAUGACAUUUGGGAGCUGUGCUCUUGACGUUACCAUUAUUGCUCAGAUGGAAGCGGAAUUCAGCCUCUCGGUGCAGGAUCUCGUCAAGAAUCUACGCACAGCUUUCAAUCUGUUCAUGUGAAAAGAAUCUACAUGCAGCUUUCGAUAUGUUCUUUGCUACAGAAGCUUCAGAAUACAUAGGAGUAUUUCCUCAAAUAUCCAACCAGACCAAGUUUAAGUACCCUUUUUAAGAAUUUAUGUUUACAAGGCCUGCAAUCCUUCACUAAGUUACCUUCAAGCUUGUUUGCUGUCAGAUUAUUUUGCAGGCGGGUUUUUUCACAUCACCUUUUUUUGCAUGGUUAACUUGUUUACCAUGCUUUAACCAUGCUUAUUUACCCACCUGUUGAAGCAAGUUAUCUCACAGCUUGUCUAUGAGAGUUUUUUUUCCUUCAAGGAGUUUGCGAAAUGCAACUCAUCCCUUUGUGUCCCCUAGGUUUUUUUUUAUAGGUGAGGAUAAAAGCAGGCAUUUGUUUGGCUAGUGUUUUAGAGGCAUCUUGAAUAUCUUAUUUCGUGAGCCUCUGUUCCUAGUAAUCUCCUUUUAUAUGUAACCCUUUGGUUGACAAUGUAAUGGAAAAUAAGUAAUUUCGUGUUA